AUGGACUGGGAUGCCCCACUAGAAGAUGAGCCUCUGCCGCAAUCAGCACUCUUCCCAGCAAUGGGCGUGUCCAAGCAUUGGCAUUCAUUCUUAUCACAGACUCGAGGCCCGUUGGAUAUUAUGUAUCCGCUUUUAACGGACAUUGUGUCUCCCAUGGAGUUGCCGCACUUACACUGCAGCUUGACUGUCAAAUCGCAAAGGAUGGAAUUCUGGAUUGCGCAUUUUUUCCACAAGAUUCAUAUGCCUCAUCUCCGAAUACUGAUCUUGGAUGGAGUUGCUUUCGAGUACGACUUGACGGAGGUUGAUUUCGAAAGCAUCCUUCAAGGCUUGACCAGGCUCCCCAAUUCCGAUAUCAUGGAAUCUCCUAGCUCUUUUCCGGAGUUAGAUGAACUUCAUCUCGUUAAUUUCGCACCUCGUGCAGAUACUGCGCUAUUUCAUUGCCUGUACAAUCAAAUGGCCAGUAUCAAGUUAUUGACCCUGGGACCAGGGGGGUUGAACGAGUAUGAUCCGUUGGCAAUCGCAUUGCUCCCCACGCCCCACGGACAGGCGGAUUUACCUCUCCCUAGACUUCGGACUCUGAUUAUUUUUGAUGUUCGAAAGGACAUCGUGCGGCACGUCGUACUAGAACGACUGUCACUCGCUGGUCCGUUGGAGGAGCUAUGCCAUCAUGACUCGGAGGACUCCUAUGAAGAGGAGUGGGAUGAAGAGAAGCAGGAUGAGAGCGUCCCAGAUGAUUGGCAACAUCAAGUGGAGAAGUACUAUUGUAUCGAUCGUCUCAAAUCUGAACGCUAUCCUAAUACUUAUUUACCAUGCAUGUAUACAUCGCUCACCCCUCUAAGUUGCCAAUUAUUGUGCCUUUAG